AUGAGGUUACAUUUCGAGAAGGAAGACAGUGACGCUGUAGUGCGAACGCGCGCGUUCGAUGCUGCCAAAUCGGGCCCAUAUGAUCCGGGUCAGAUUCAAGUUUUCUACGACAACAGAACGUUCGCAGGCCCUGAAGACAAGCUACCAUUCUACCAAAGAUACAAGCUCGACGCAUUGUCGAGACUUGGACGCGCCGAUACCUGGAUCCCGCAAGAUCUUGAGCCUGGAAAGAUCCGGCUCGUAUGGUAUACUCAUGUUGGCAACGAAGGCAAACGCGACUUCCUGCUCCAUAAAUGGGAAGCUGUGAAGGAGAUGUUCGACUCGCUCUCACAAGAAGGAUUCAGGCCCAUGAUAUGUGGCUACUCGAAUGAGAAUCCAUUCCCGAUGCUUGGCGGCGUAGAACCUCCUCCGCCACCGAAGAAAGCCGAGAAGAAGGAGCCCAAGAAGGCGAAGACCUGGAGCAACCAUGUAGCUGGCCAUGUUGAAGGCAGCACACCUCACGACCGAGUCAUGGCCAUUAUUCAGGCGGAUGAGAAACGAGAAGCAGAACUACGCGAAAUUCAAGCGAGAGAAUGGAAGGACGUCAAGAAGGUCAACGAUGAGGAAGGAGGUCUGGCAGAAAAGGAAAAGCUGAUUGCAGCUGCCCAUUCGGCCCGAAGAAAGCGAGAAGAGCACAACCAACAGACCUUCGGCUUCUUGAAGCUACCCACGGAACUUCGAAAUAUAAUCUACGAUUUGGUACUCGGCCAUGACCAAGUAAUCUGGCCAGGCCGUCAACUCAACGCUCCACUCAUCCGGGAAGAGAACAACACCAUUUAUCUGAAUCUUAUCGCACCUGCCUUGAAUGGCGAUGCACCGAUCGCUUUGGCGCAAGUGACCAGACUCAUACGCGCGGAGGUUCUCAGAUACCACUAUGGAUCCAACACGUAUAUUCUGUCGAUUCACGAUGACUUGAUUGGAAGAACCACCAGCUGGAUACGAUCACGGCCACCCGAAGCUUUCACCGUGCUGGAGCGUGUCAUUCUUCAAGACUGGUCCUUCACGAGGUGUCCGCAACUCUUGGACUUGAGCAUCGAGUGUCCUUGCUGUAUCUUGGUUUUUGGACUCAAUCUUCACAACAUGGCGAUUGACUUUCCAACCCUUGGCAUUGAAGAUGCGAGCAACGCUGCGCCAGUUUUGAAGGCUGGACUCUGCGAAUGGUGUCAAGUUCGGACAAAGAAGGUCUUAAGGAAGCGAAAGAAGCACAUCGUCUACAGGCGACUGGUCAAAGGCUGGGAUGAGCAAGGUCUGUGCGGCGAACGCAUCGUGCAGCUGGUUCGUUGGUGGAAGGAGUACUCCAAGAUUCGGCCUCAGGCAAGACUGAAUCACUUUGCGGAGCUUGGACUAGAGGUCGUCGACAAAAGGUGA